AUGCAAUCCGCAUUAUUCAUGUCCGCCAGCAAACCCUCAACUUGCCCUCAAGGAUACGUGCUGCAGAACCAAGUCACUCAUGCCAGGUUUCUUCCAGUAGAAGCAACUCAUUCAUUCACAUAUCCUACUGUGUCCAUGCUGUUGUCUGUUCGUGCAUUGGAAGAACAUUCCUUAGAUCUCGUCUAUGGAUGCCUUUUUGGUUAUGGCCGAGUUUGGGGCACAAUAACCGGUCUGCGUCCUCGUGGAUACCUCCAGCCUUCGCAUAGCAGGAGGACGAUACUAGACAAGUUGCUCCAUGUUCUGUCAAGCAGAGGUUACGAUAGAGGACUUUUUGAAGAUGCUUGGAUGAUGACCAUGCCCAGUUUCUUUGGAUUCGAGGGUAUUAACCCCCUCACUGUGUAUUUCUGCUAUAAGCGGUCUGCUGAACUGUGGGUCGUGGUCCUCGAGGUUCAUAAUACAUUCGGAGAAAGCCACGUCUACUUGUUAGAAAUUGGAAAGGAUGAAGAGACAACACCAACCAAAGGUUUCGACCACGAGUGGAAAGCUAUUCCUCGAAUGUUCCACGUAUCACCAUUUAAUGACCGAUCCGGUCAUUAUACGGUGUCCAUCAAGUCACCCUCGCAUCCACCUUGCUCCAGUAUCUCGCACCCGAAAAACAGCCCUCCUCGUCCCUGCGUGCGCAUCCAUUUCCAUGCAGCCUUGGAACCUGCACCAGACACAGAUCAAGAUCAAGGCCAUUCGCUAGAGAGCUGCGGGCCUCUCAAACUCACAGCUCUUCUCCGCCCGACAUCCUCUUCUCCGCUGACAACACCGAACCUUCUGAGGACGCUCUGUAGCAUGCCUUUCACUCUAUUGCUUUCUAUGCCACGCAUCUUAUACCAAGCAUAUAUUCUUCAUUACCGUAAACGUCUGGACGUAUUUAUACGACCAGAACCAUACCCUGUGAACAGGACAUCAGUCUCAGGUGAUGAUAUACCCUUAGAAGGUGGUAUGAAAUGGCAGGAUGAGGGACUGCUCGAGGUAUACGCUAAGAAACGAGUCUGCAGCUACUUGGGGCGUCGAGCGGAUGAAACAUCUAUCACCAUCACUCUGGUGUCAGCGAACCCAUCAAUUCUACCAGUGGUUUUGGCUCCGAGUUUCCAAAAAAACAACUCCGAAGCAUGUGGCCUAUGUCGUCAUAUCACCAUCCACUUCCUUUCUUCGCGUUUUUACACCAUUUGCUUGAUGUCACCUUCUGCAAAACAUGCUCUUCUGCUAGGAAAUAAAUCAGAACAUCUGUUCAUGACUUCUUCAGCGGAGUUAUUUGAAGAACUCUUUUCCUCUCAUCUCGUAAGAGGUUUGACCGUAAGCCACAUACAACCACUCUCCAGACUUCUCCGGCUAUCCCAGCACGUGCGCACACAGCCAUUACCUCCUGUCCUUACUUCUCCAGGCCUUUCCUUCUCAGCUGUUCACCCGAUAGACGCCCAUUUGACCUCAAGUUAUAGCCGGUGUGUGAACCUUGCUGUCAUCUGCGCAAACCUUGCGCUGGAGUAUCUUGAAAUGAGGUUAUACCAGGUUGUACGUGCCAGAAUCGUACGAGGGAACGAGCCUUGGCUGAAAUGGGAGAGGGCACGACGCGUCUUUGUCGAAGGUAGAAUUUCAACCACAGAAGAUUCUGCUGCCUGUGACAGUAUUCCGAGGACAAUGUAA